UUUGCUUCUUGAGCCAUGAAGCUCUUACUAGUGCUCCUGAGUGCUUUUUUUACAGAUGCUAUAGUCAUGGAUGGAAAGGUCAAGGAAGGCUUUGUACAGGAUAAAACUUCUGUCACCUGCAGCUAUGACCCGUACUAUAAGGACUAUCCCAAGUAUUGGUGCAAAGGCUAUUACCGUAACCACUGCAGUGUCAUUGCUUCAACACCUAACAGCACCAACCGGGUGUCCCUGAAUGAUACCGGAAUGCAACUCAUCAUCACUCUGACAUGUCUUACCAAGGAAGACACAGGGUGGUACUGGUGUGGCAUACAGAGGGAUUAUGCCAGUGACUUCAUGGAUUAUACAGAAUUGAUUGUGUUCAACAGUGAGAAAGAAGCAGCAGACCUCCAAAGGAGGCAGAACAGAACCUGCAAGAACAGCGGUGUUGCCCAUGGUGAAAAUCACAGCAGGUGUGUCAAAAGCUGA